AUGAGAAGUAAGAAUAUCAACAAAAAGAUGUAUUCUUACAAUCCAAAAUACCAGUUAAAGAAAAGGUUUGAAAGCAUUCAAAGAUAUAAAAAAUGUGCAUCUCAUCAACAAAAGGUAAAAGAAGCAAGUAAACAGAAAUACAAAACAAAUCCUGGACAUAAAAAAACAGUAAAAAAAGCUAGUGUUCACAAGUACAAAACUAACUCUGAACAUAGAGAAACUGUGAAAGAGGCUAGCAUACACAAGUACAAAUCAAACCUCCAACAUAGAGAAACUGUAAAAGAGGCUAGCAUACACAAGUACAAAUUAAAUCUUCAACAUAGAGAAACUGUGAAAGAGGCUAGCAUACACAAGUACAAAUCAAACCCUCAACAUAGAGAAACUGUGAAAGAGGCUAGCAUACAAAAGUACAAAACUGAUCCUAAACAUAAGCAACAUGUUAUGGAGAGAAGUACUGAGAAAUAUAAGAUAAAUUUGAUGCACAGAGAGAAUGUGAAAGCCACUAGUAUUAAACGAUACAGAAAUCCCCAGUUUAAAAGGGCUUUUCUGAAGAAUUGUAGGGUAAAAUACAAAAGUGACAAAAAUUUCAGAGAAAGAAAAAAAGAUCAAGUAAAAGAAAGAAAGAGGGAAGCUUUUUUGAAGCUGCAAAAUGAAAUUGAAGUUAUCAAUAAGUUUAAACAAAAUUCAUGUAAAAGUCCAGAGUAUGUUUGUUGCUGUUGUCAGCGCACAUUAUUUCAAAAUCAGGUGCGUACUUUUGAUAGCAAGUCGUAUGAGAGCAGAGACUGUGUAAAAGAAUUGGUCAAAAUGUGUGCACAAGAGGAUUAUUUACAUGAAUGCACUAUGAAUUGUCAUCAAGGAUGCACAAGGUCAUCCCUAUGGAUUUGCAGAACGUGUCAUCAAAAAGUACUCUCAGGGAAAAUUCCUGCAGAAGCGGCUGUAAACCGAAUGAAGGUAACACCAGUACCCAUGGAACUCAAAACUUUAAAUAGUUUAGAAAAGCAAUUAAUUUCCAUACACAUACCAUUCAUGAAGGUCAUGAACUUACCUCAAGGAAGACAAAAGAAUGUGCAUGGUCCAGUUGUUUGUGUACCAUCAGAUUUAAACAAAGCAAUUAGCUUACCUAGAGUAGCAGACGAAACCAUGCUUCUAAGAGUCAAAUUAAAAAGAAAACUUUCAUUUAAAGGAUAUCAGGAAUAUCAGUUUGUAAAUCCACACCACGUGAUCAAGGCAUUGAACUUCCUAAUGGAAAACAACAUCUGGUAUAGAGACACAGAAUUAAAUAAGAACUGGGAAGUGUCUGCAGAAGAAGACUGUUUGAUAGAAGCAGACAAAUCACAGCAAAUGUCUGACACUGAAGAUACUGAUGAUCAGGAUCCACCUGCAGCUUCCAUUGCAUUAGACACCUGCUUACAACCUAUAGAUGUGGUUCAGGAAGUAUUAGAUCAUUAUUUUGAUGAUGUGUUCAAUCUAGCUCCAGGGGAGGGAAAAAAUCCAGUAAAAAUGUUACAGGAUGAAGGAAAUGAAGCUAAAACAUUUCCAUAUCUAUUUCCAACAGGAGAAAAUUCAUGGAAUGAAAAUAGGGAUAUCAAAAUCACUCUCAGUAGAUACUUCCACAAUAGGCUGAUGAAUGCCGACAACAGAUAUGCCAAGGAUUCAAAUUAUUUAUUUUUCUGCCAGUACAUGUCUGAACUCAAUCAAGUAAUAGAGAAAACUCAAAUAUCUGUCAGAAAAUCUUCAGCGAAAACUACAUCAGGACAAAAGAUAACCUCAGAAAUAUUACAAGAUGUUGAUAAAUUGGCAAAACUGCUGAGAAAUGAUGAUGCAUUGCGAUUUAUGCAGCCUAUACGGGGAACACCCUCAUACUGGCAAGCAGCACAAAAGGAUCUCUUUGCCAUGUUACGACAAAUAGGUAUUCCAACUUGGUUCUGUUCUUUUUCUGCUGCUGAGUUCAGAUGGAAUUCAACAAUAGAAGCAAUCUUACGCCAACAGUGUGAUGACAGACAUGCAGAAGACUUAGACUGGACAGAGAAAAGUGAAGUUUUAAGAAGUAAUCCUGUGACAGUGGCACGGAUGUUUGAACAUAGAUUUCAUGUUUUUUUACAUGAUGUUAUUAUGUCACCAUCAGAACCCAUUGGAAAAGUAGUUGAUUAUUUUCAGAGAGUAGAGUUUCAGCAAAGAGGCUCACCUCACAUGCAUUGUUUGUUUUGGAUAGAGGGAGCACCUAAAUUAGACGAAGAUGGUGAAGAUGCUGUAUGCGAGUUCAUUGAUAGAUAUGUCACAUGUGAAAUACCCUCAGAAAGCCAAGAUGCAGAACUGCAUAAAAUUGUCCAAGAUGUUCAACAACACAGUAAAAAACAUUCACAAUCCUGCAGGAAGAAAGGUACAGAUUGUCGAUUUAAUUUCCCCAGGCCACCAUCCAAAAAAACUUUCUUAGCCAAGCCUAGAAAUUUUGAAGAGGACACAGAAAAUGUAAGCAAUGGAAACUUGGAAUUAAAAAGAAAUGAUGCAAAAGCAAUCUUGCAAAAAGUAUGGGAGAACAUUCAAGAUCCAACUCAAAACUUGUCUUCAACAGAGAUAUUUUACAAACUUGGAAUCUCUCAAGAAUUAUUUGAAAAUGCAUACAACACUGUAACCACAAAACAGACCAUUGUUUUACAAAGAGAACCCUCUGAAGCAUGGACUAAUCAGUACAACCCUUGUCUCUUAAAAUCAUGGGAUGCUAAUUUAGACAUUCAGUAUGUGUUGGACCCAUUCAGUUGCAUUGUGUACAUUAUUUCAUACAUCUCAAAGUCAGAACGAGAAAUGGGCAUGCUAUUAAAACAGACAAAAAUUGAAGCAGAGGAAGGAAAUCUAAGUGCACGACAAACAAUGAAAAAAAUUGGAUCUGCAUACUUGCAUCAUAGAGAAGUAAGCGCACAAGAGGCAGUAUAUCGAGUGUGUAAUCUCAACAUGAAGGAAUGCUCUAGGAAGGUUACAUUUAUUCCUGUGGGAGAAAAUCCAACAAGACUUAGUAAACCCUUGCAUCAAAUGAACAAAAGCAAAGAAAUGGCUGGAGAUGAUGAUGAAGAUGAUAUAUGGAUGACCAAUAUUGUAGAAAGAUAUGAGAACCGUCCUAAAUUGCAGGAAUUUGCUGAAAUGUGCCUUGCAACAUUCUGCGCUGAUUACAGAGUCCUAGCAAAAUCACAAGUUCCUUCAAACCUUCGAGAGGGAAUCUUUGAAUUGCAAAAUGGAAAAGGUUAUAUUCAAAAAAGAACAAGGACAAAGCCAGCUAUUAUUAGAUUUCCUAGAUUCAACAAAGAGAAAAUGCCUGAAAAAUUCUACCAAUCUAUACUUCAGCUUUUUCUUCCUUACUGGAAAGAAGACCAACUUAAGCCACCAAAGUAUGAAUUGUUUCAGACUUUUUAUGAAAGUGGAUGUGUACGUUUGAAAUCGGGUAAAAAAGUGAAGAUGGUGAGGGAAAUUGUUGAUAUGAACCGGCAGAUCUACUGCAAGAAUGAAGAUGUAAUUGACCAAGCACAAGAAACUUAUGAAAUUAUAGGAGAACCUGAAGACGCCUGGGCUUUACUAUGUCCCCAGACUGAAGAGAGCAGAGAGAACUGCAUGAAAAGAAAAUCUCAAGUGUUGCAAAACGAAGAGGAAGCAGAAGAUGUUCCAGAUUUGCAAGAUAUUGAACAUAAUGCAGAUCUUUUGUACCAGAUCCAGAAUACAGCUCAUUCACGCCAAAAAAUGUUGCCAUUGCUCCGUACUUUAAAUGCAACUCAGAGUGAGAUAUUCUAUUUUGUACGAGAAUGGUGCCUACAGAAAUGCCAUGAAGAAAAACCUAAAGCAUUUCAUAUAUUUGUAACAGGAGGUGCUGGAACAGGGAAAAGUCAUUUGAUUAAUACUGUUCAGUAUGAAGCAAGCAGAUUAUUUUCAAGAACUCUUACCAACCCUGAAAGUAUCUCAGUUCUCUUAACUGCAUUGACUGGUACUGCAGCAUUCAAUAUAGGAGGAACCACACUGCAUCAUGCAUUUGCCCUCACAAAGUACUUACCAAUCCCUUAUGAACCUCUACAAGAACAACGCCUUAGUACCAUCAGAGUGAAGUUGGAAGAUUUGCAAAUAUUGAUCAUUGAUGAAAUAUCAAUGGUGUACAAACGCUUACUGUAUUAUGUUCAUGAACGUCUUGUACAAAUUAAGAAAUGCAAACUCCCAUUUGGAGGUGUGUCAGUUAUUGCUGUAGGAGAUUUUUAUCAGCUACCUCCUGUCAAACAGAAAAAAAAUGAGCGACUCUACAAUGACUGUUCAACUUAUCCUGUAGAUUACUGGAAGGAGCUAUUCAAGGCUGUUGAAUUACAUGAAAUUAUGCGACAACGUGAAGAUGCAACUUUUGCAGAAGCUUUGAAUAAAUUACGGGUGAGAACAAGCAAAGAGAAUUUAGAACCAAAUGUGGCAGAAAUGUUAUUAGAGUGUGUCAGUGAAGGAUCAGAAGAUGCACUUCAUGUAUAUGCAACCAAUGAAGAAGUCAACAAGUACAACCUUUCAAUGCUAACCACAAAAUGUCAGGAGCUUGUUGAAAUAAAUGCAAAGGAUUAUCAAAAAGAUCAAACUUCAGGAAAGUUAAACCUGCGAGAGAAUCCCAUUGCAAAGAAAAAAGCAGAAGGACUACCAAUGUCAAUAAUUUUAGCACAUAAUGCACGUGUUAUGCUGACUCGAAAUAUUGACGUAGAUGACGGACUUGUAAAUGGAGUAAUGGGAUUCGUAUCUGAGAUCCAAUAUGCAAACAGAGCGCAGAAAGAAGUUAACAGCAUUGGAGUUAUUUUUGAUAACAAAGAUGUCGGGAAGAAAAGUGGAAGGAAAAUUAACUCUGACAGAAUCAUGGUGCUCAUUGAAAGAGUAGAUGAAGAGAUAAAUGAAAAGCAUGUUAAAAGUGUUGUGAGACAUCAGUUUCCUUUGCAAUUAUCAUGGGCCUGCACAGCACACAAGGUGCAAGGUAUGACUACAAAUGAAAUUGUUGUGAAUCUAGACAAAGUAUUUUCACCAGGACAAGCAUAUGUAGCUCUUAGUCGGGUAACAUCAAAACAAGGAUUACAUCUUGAAACAUCCCAAGGUGACGUACAAAAUUUACUUCGGAGAAAAAUAUAUGCAGACCCAGAUGUUAAAAAUGCAGUUUGUGACAUGCCAAAACUUCUUGAAAUUACCACAAACUUGGCUGAACCUGACUGCAAGAGAAUUGUAUUGCACAAUAUUCAAGGAUUACCAGCAAAUUUCAAGGAGAUGAUAUCAGAUACACGAUUUCAAAAAGCAAAUGUUAUUUGUUUGACGGAGACCUGGUUGCAAGAACCAUCAUCAGUUCAAUUCUCACUGCAAGGCUUUAGGUUCAUUCACACAUUGAGAAAGAAUUCAUAUGACAAAUCUAAUGAGCUUUAUUCCAAGAUUCAAAACUCGAAUGGAGGGGGAGUUGGCACAUAUAUCCAUGAUGACGAAGAAGCAAGACAAAUUGAUAUUCCAGUCCCAAAUAUUGAAGUUGUUGCUUUUGUUUUCCAAGAAAACAUCUCCAUUUUUACUGUAUAUAGACCCAGCUCUUUGAUAAAAGAUUUCUUCAUAUCGUCACUUGAGCAGCUUACAAAUUUCAUCAAACGAGAAUGCGAAAAUUGUAUUAUACUGGGGGACUUCAAUGAAAAUGCUGUAGAUGACACUGGACCAAUUCAAAAAUUCUUGAAUGAUCAUGGAUUUAAACAACUUGUUACUUUCCCAACAACAGAGGGAAGGACAAUCAUUGAUCAUGUUUAUGUGUAUGGCCUUGAAGAGUAUCUUAUUGAUGUGUCACUACUUCCGACUUAUUACAGUUAUCAUGAGGCGAUUAUUGUAAAACUGUUUAGGAAAUAA